GUGCAUUUAGAUAGCGUUCAGUGUUUGUAGUAAUUCAGUAAGAAUACAAGAGUGUUGCAAGAUGUCUGACUCCGUGAAUGUUAGUGAUGGUGACAGUGGUGUGCAGGUUACAGAUAACAACCGUGGUGGAUUACAUGUUGCUGGUGGUGGCUAUGGGGGUGUUAAUACUGUCGACAACAGUGGUUAUGGGGGUGUAAACGUUGCCGAUAACAGUGGUUAUGGCGGAGUAAGCAUUGUUGAUAACAGUGGUUACGGCGGAGUACAUGUAGUCGACGAUAGUGGCCAAGGUGGUGUAAACGUUGUCGAUGAUAGUGGUGACGGUGGGGUAAACGUGGUAGAUGGUGGUGGCCAUCUCAGAACACACAGCGCUCAGGUGACUUCGGGAGAUGGAGAGAUCAAUAUUGUCCCUGAUUCAGGCUUCUAUAUGCCGCAUGAUUAAGUAUACGUUUGGACCAAGUUUUGUCAAGGAAAUGGCGGGAGAAGGAAUGUCAUAAAGUAUUUAACAAAAUUUUUGUAAUUUUUAAAACAAUAAAAGAUUAUUUUGGAGAGUA